GCUACCUACCUGUCUGUCUGCAGGAGGAUCAGAGAGUCCUCUCCCUACGGGUCGCUCCCCACCUGGCGCCUGCUGUCUGUCAUCGUCAAGUGUGGAGACGACCUCCGACAGGAACUAGUGGCCUCACAGGUCCUCACCCAGCUACAGAGUAUCUGGGCCCUGGAGCGCGUCCCUCUCUGGGUGAAGCCCUACAAGAUCCUGGUGAUGUCGUCAGACAGCGGCAUGAUAGAACCCCUGGUGAACGCAGUGUCCCUGCACCAGGUGAAGAAGCAAAGCCAGCUGUCCCUGCUGGACUACUUCCUGCAGGAGCACGGCUCCUCGUCCAGCGAGGGCUUCCUGUCCGCCCAGAGGAACUUUGUGUACAGCUGUGCUGCCUACAGCCUGCUGUGCUACCUGCUGCAGGUCAAGGACAGACACAAUGGGAACAUCCUGCUGGACUCUGAGGGUCACCUCAUCCACAUCGACUUCGGCUUCAUCCUGUCCUCGUCGCCGCGGAACCUCGGCUUCGAGACGUCCGCCUUCAAGCUCACCGCCGAGUUCGUAGACGUGAUGGGCGGUGCGUUGGGGGACAUGUUUGUGUACUACAAGGUGCUGCUGCUCCAGGGUCUGCUGGCCGCCAGGAAGCACAUGGACAAGAUCCUCAACAUCGUGGAGAUCAUGCAGCAAGGCUCCCCCCUGCCCUGCCUCCAGGGCCCCGGGUCCCUGCGGGGGCUGAAGGAGCGCUUCCUCCUGUCGCUGACGGAGGAGCAGCUGCAGCUGCAGGUGGAGCGGAUGGUGGAGGCCUCGCUGCGCUCCGUCACCACCCGGCUCUACGACGGCUUCCAGUACCUCACCAACGGCAUCAUGUGACCCGGGAGGGCCAAUCACAGCCCAGGAGGACCCCUAAAGGGGCGGCGCCUGGAAUCUGUUCCUCACAACCAACCGGCCGCCGGCCCAGGAGACAAGAUGGUGGGCCCUGGUUAGCCCCCUGGUUAGCCCCCCAGUUAGCCCCCCGGUUAGCCCACUGGUUAGCCCCCCAGUUAGCCCCCCGGUUAGCCCACUGGUUAGCCCCCCGAUUAGCCCCCUGGUUAGCCCCCCCGGUUAGCCCCCUGGUUAGCCCCCCCGGUUAGCCCCCUGGUUAGCCCACUGGUUAGCCUCAUGGUUAGCCCCCUGGUUAGCCUCGUGGUUAGCCCCCUGGUUAGCCUCGUGGUUAGCCCCCUGGUUAGCCCCCCUGGUUAGCCUCCUGGUUAGCCCCCUGGUUAACCCCCUGGUUAGCCUCGUGCUUAGCCUCGUGGUUAGCCAUCCUGGUUAGCCAACUGGUUAGCCAUCCUGGUUAGCCUCAUGGUUAGCCCCCUGGUUAGCCUCGUGGUUAGCCAUCCUGGUUAGCCCCCCUGGUUAGCCCCCCUGGUUAGCCCCCCUGGUUAGCCAUCCUGGUUAGCCUCCGUUGUUAGCCCCCUGAUUAGCCUCCCCUGGUUAGCCCCCCUGGUUAGCCUCCCUGGUUAGCCCCCCUGGUAAGCCUCCCUGGUUAGCCCGUGUUUUAAAUGCUACUGUGUUGAUGUGAAGAAAGCUACGCUAUGCUACGCUACGUUACGCCUAGCUCUUCACAUUGUAACUUUACUAACCAUCAGAAAAAUCUUGAAUCAAGAGUUGAGUUUAGCCAAAAUGGCCUCUGAUCUGUGGUGACUGCACAUGUGAAAACCUUUAAUGAUUAAUCUAUGAAUGACCGAUCAUUUCAACCUACAGUUUGACCUGUGCUCUGAUUGGCCGAUAAGAUACAUUCCUGAGAUCUACUAGAACCAAUCAGAACCGUUGAGGUACCAUGUAAAGACUUCUCCUACAGUAAUACUACACCCGCUGUAUCAAUACUAUGAGUUCUACUACAGUAAUGCUACAAUACCCUCUGUAUGUAUACCAUGUGUACUGUACAGGUAUCUGAUGACCUCUGACCUCUUCAUGGAUCAGACCCAGAGAGUCAUGAGCUGUGAACCUCCAAUAAACACAAAACCUUUUA